GCGCUCCUCCCGCCAGCUCUCAGAUUGACUACAGACCCUCGAGCCCGCAGCACAUAUACCGUUAUCAUUCAGUUUUUGCGAUACACAGUGAAAAAUGGGCAAAAUACGCGUCUAGCCUCGUUUAAACGCUAUAAGAAGAGCGUCUUCUAGCCUUGAACACGGAUUUUGUUUCUUACUGGAGUUACUGAAGAGUGGAGGACGCGCAAAGAUGAAGUACAAAAAUCUAAUGGCUAAAGCGCUAUACGACAACGUUCCGGAAUCCCCAGAAGAGCUGGCGUUCCGGAAAGGCGAUAUCCUGACCGUUAUCGAGCAGAACACUGGCGGCCUAGAGGGAUGGUGGCUCUGUUCGCUUCACGGCCGUCAGGGCAUCGCACCUGGCAACCGCCUCAAACUGCUUAUCGGACCAAUGUUUGAAGGACAGAUGCCUGCAUCCCCUUCCCCACCACAGGGUCACGGCCUCCAGCAGAGGCCGCUCACACCUCAGGGUGUGUACCAGGUGCCACCUUCCCACCAGAGCCCACAGGGACAGGGCAUCUACCAGAUCCCUCCAUCCAAAGACCUGUACCAGGUUCCACAGAGAAGCGCACUGAAAGCAGAUGGCACUCCCAGCAAGGUGGUGACCCCAAUCCGCGUAGGGCAAACGUACGCUUACAGUCCUGCAUCUGAUUCAUCUCAAGACCUCUACGAUGUUCCUCCAGUUCGUCCACAGGGGGUGUACGAUAUUCCGGCAAACAAACAAACUGGACAGCACAGCAUUCCCAGAUCCCAGGGCCUCUACGACACCCCUCCUUCCCAACCUGCGAUCAAAGACCUGCGAUCAAAAGGACUGUAUGACAUACCACCAACAUCACAAGGGGUGUACUCCACGCCACCUAGUCAGAAUAACACUGCACAAGACGAAGGGAAUUAUGACUUCCCACAGCCUUCGAGGCACAAGCAAGAAGGCAUAUAUGAUGUUCCACCACCGUCGCUCUCCAAAGCUUCUCCAUGCUCCAACUACGACUUCCCGCCUAGCUCUGAGCCGAUGUCCCGAAGGGGCAUGAACGACAGCGCUGGCAUCUAUGACGUUCCUGCCAGCCAACUCGCCGCAGGCGGAUCUCAGGACUUGUACGAUAUUCCACGUGGAAUGCCGCAGAACCGGCACGCUUCCUCUGAAAGAGACAGGAAUAAAUCCGUUUACGAUAUUCCACCAGGAGACACUCGGUUACUCGGUGAUGUGACUGAAGGAGUCAACCGAUUGUCGUUUUCCAGCACUGGAAGCACUCGCAGCAGUAUGUCGACGUCCUCUUCUUCCGCCGGAUCGCCCGCUGAGGGCCGUCUAGCGUUAGAUCUAGACUCUGCAGUCCAAAGGUUGAGUCGCCUCCAACAAGGUCUGGAGUCUUCGGUUUGCACACUGCAAACUCUUGCAGCGUCACCUCACUGGAGAAUGUACAGUUUUAUGGAGCGUCACGCCAAUGAGGUUCGUGUUUCAUUUGAGCGUGUCAAGUGUACACUUGCGGAGUUUCUCGUAUUCGGCCGUGGGACGGCUGCGAAUGCCACAACGUUGUCCGAUCCAGGAUUGCACUCCAAGUUGCGACGCCAGUUGCAACGACUGGAAGAUUCCUAUCAGAUUCUUCAACAAACAUACCAAACUCUUGAAAACAAUAGCUGGGCGCUUAAUAUCCUAGCAACAGGCGCAAAGCAUCAUAACAAGAGUGACGAACUGGAACGUUUUGUAAUGGUGUCGCGGACGGUGCCUGACGAUGCCAAGCAGCUGGCUUCAACAAUAGGGGGCAGCGCAGAGUUGCUUUUCCGCAGAGCACCAAUAGAAGGCAUCGUUCACCCCUUUACUUGCACCCCAACAGAGGAAAACAGCUACGGAGGCCAGACCAAACCUUUCCCCGUAUCACACGACAAAGCAAACAUGAACAGCGAGAAAUGCGUUAAAAGCUGGAUGGAAGACUAUGACUACGUCCACCUACAGGGGAAAGAUGAAUUCGAACGACAACAGAAGGAACUUUUAGAAAAAGAGAACAUCACCAAACAGAGCAAAGUCCAACUCGGACAAGAACAGCUGAACCAGUUCAAACAGCUCGAACAGGAAGUGAUCAAACCCGUAGAGAACGACAUCACCAAAUGGAUCUCCCACCAACAUUCAACAGGCUCCUCCUCAGACUCCUCCUCUAAUUUCUCUAUGGGAGGCGGAGCUCCGUCGUGUUUGCGCGAUCGCCAACUGUUGGGCUUUUAUGCGGACCAAUGCGAACAGCACUUUGUGACUCUGCUGAAUGCAGUAGACGCUUUUUUCGGCUGCGUAAAGGCCGGGCAACCUCCACGAAUCUUUGUUGCGCAUGGCAAAUUCGUCAUUCUCAGCGCCCACAAGCUUGUGUUUAUCGGGGACACGCUGUCGAGACAAGCCUCGGUGGCCGAAGUGGCAAAUCGAGUCAUGAACUUAAGCAACAUGCUGUGUGAAAUGCUAAAGACAGUCGUAGGAGCCACCAAAAUAGCGGCCCUUCACUAUCCCAACACGGCCGCCGUACAGGAAAUGGUAGAUCGUGUGACGGACCUCUCGCACUUGGCACAACAAUUUAAAGUGCAGCUCUCGCAGAUGGCGGGAUUGUGAUAUCAUCAGCGUGAUGUCACUAGCUUCUAAACAAAGACUGUCGUUUUAACAUUUAUAUUUAUACUCAUGUAGAUGCAUCACUGAAAUUUGUCUUCUGUAAAUAGUCAUGUGUACAUAUUUGGCUCUAUAUUUUGUGUAGAUUUGUUUUAUAUAAUAAUAAUGGUAAUAAUAUUAACUGUAUGAAUAGAAAUGAUUCAGACUUGCAUUUGUAGAGUGACCGUUAACAUUCCUGAUCGUUUUGUGUAUUAGGCACCUUACAAGUUGUCCUUAACUGCUAAUUAUUGUGUAUUGCCAAAUGCCAGAACAUAAAAAAAUGGAAAUAGUUUGUUUUGUAAACGUGCUGUAUUGUGUGAUACACACUCUGCCGAGAGAACAGUAUGAACAAAGUUAAAGAUUUCUCUGUGUUUGCUAUAGAAAUUGUUUUGCUUGUUCCUGUUUGAUUUUUUUUUUUUUUUUUUGGUAGGUGAAUCUCAUAAAAACUGUCAAAAAUGUGCUCUGGGUCAUAUUUCACCCCAAAAUCAAAGAGAAAUGAUAUUUUGUUGAUGCUUGCUUUAGAAUCAUUAAUAUUUUCUGCAUUGUGGCAAAUAAUUAAUGAAGUUAAAUACUUCCUCCCCUGUUUUUAUUUCUAUAAUGAGAGGGAAAAGUGUUUUUUCCAUUACUGUAUUGUAGAAAUAAAUAAAUAAAGGUACAAUAUAUGCAAAAUAUACAAUAUACACUACCAGUCAAAAGUUUUUGAACAGUAAGAUUUUUGAUGUUUUAUUUAAAGAAGUCUUUCUGCUCACCAAGCUUGCAUUUAUUACUGCAUCCAAAGCAGUAAUAUUGUGAAAUAUUUUUACUAUUUAAAAUAACUGUUUUCUAUAUCAAUAUAUUGUAAAAUGUAAUUUAUUCCUGUGAUCAAAGCUACAUUUUCAGCAUCAUUACUCCAGUCUUCAGUGUCACAUGAUCCAUCAGAAAUCAUUCUAAUAAGCUGAUUUGCUGUUCAAGAAACAUUUAUUAUUAUUAUUAUUAAUAUCAAUAUUUAAAACAGUGGACUACAUUGUUUUCAGAAGUCUUUGAUUUACAGAAAGAUCCAAAGAUCAGCAUUCACCUGAAAUGAAAAGCUUUUUUAACAUUACACACUACACCAUUCAAAAACUUGCAGUCAGUAUAUUUUAUAUAUAUAUAUAUAUAUAUAUAUAUAUAUAUAUAUAUAUUAUUAUAGAAAUUAAUACUUUUAUUUAGCAAGGAUGCUUUAAAUUGAUCAUGAUCAAAAAUGAUGAUAAAGACAUUUAUAAUAUUAAAAAUGUUUUCUAUUCACUGAAGAAGCCUGAAUAAAUUCUUCUCAGCUGUUUUCAACGCCAUAAUAAUAAUAAUAAUAAUAAUAAUAAUAAUAAUAAUAAAUGUUAUUAUUAUUAUGUGAGCAGCAAAUCAGCAUAUUAGAAUGAUUUCUGAAGGAUCAUGUGACUGGAGUGACUAAUAUGAUGCUAAAAAUUCAGCUUUGAAGUCACAGGAAUAAAUUACAUUUUAAAGUAUAUUCAAAUAAAAAAAAAAAAAACAGUUCCUGUAAAUUGUAAAAUAUUUCUGAAUUUUACCAUUUUUGCUGUCCUUUGGAUCAAAUAAACGCAGGCUUGGAGAGCAGGAGACUUCUUUAAAAAAACAUAAAACUGGUAGUUGUUUAAGCAUAAUAAUGAUUUAUUAAUUUUUUGUUGUUUAAGCAUAAAAUAUGUAAAAUAUAUUAAUUAUAUAUGAAAAUACAGUAUUUUAUUAAACUGAAAUUUUUAAAAUUGUGUUUUUAAUGAAAUGUCACAAUGCAUAAUAAUAUAUAUAUAUAUAUAUAUAUAUAUAAUAAAUGCAGCUAAAAAUCAAUUCAUACUUUUUCAUUCUGGUUUUGUGGUGAAAUCUGACCUAAACAUGUUUUCAUAAGAUUCAUUCUGCUAACGCAGCAUGGCUAAUGAACCAUGUUAAGCAAAUGUGAAAUCUGGCAGAAGCGAGGAAGCAGUUUUCCCAAGAGCUUUCACCCCUCCAUUAGCAUAACUCAGUGUCUCACCGAUCCAUAAUUCCCAAAGUAUUAUCAGAUGAUCCAAUUGGACAGAUAUAAUCUGAUUAAAAAAAAAAAAAAAAGACCUUA